AUGUCAAAGUCGGGCAAUCUGGCCGCAUUGUCGGCCAUUCUCAAUCCGUCAGACACGCCCACCAUAUACUAUGCGGAAGAUCCUCCCUACCUACCUCGUAUCCUCGUCUUCUAUUACCCUGUUCAGGCAGUAGGUUCGCUUGCCUCGACGUCCCGAAUCCGAACAACCAUUCUCAGCGCUGCCGGCUUCAAGAGCUUCGGCGCCUUCUCGGUGGCUCCCAGCAGCAGCUACUAUUCUGCAGUGCAUAAGCUACCAGAGGAUAAGCAACGAGACGAUGUCUAUCGCGGCAUUGCCUUUGCCUUGUGCAGGUACUUCUCCGAGGUCCCCGCCGAAGUCAAGCAUGCCAUAGCCGAUGAGAAUUUGCACCACGGAAUCGGUUUGAAAUGGGGUCAGACUCAUGCCGCUCAGGUCACAUGUCGGAUGAGCAGGGCCAUAAAUACCGACGAGAUCAUCGAAGCACUGCGUCCGUUCUCCAAAGAACGUCCACCCAGUCCACCAACCCCGAUCAAACCACUGGCCUCAAUAAGGAAAACGCGACCAUCCUUUCUCCCCCCGGAUGCCAGCAAUCCUAGUGGCGGUCGAACCAUUAACACAUUCGCGCCAUCCAGAAGAAUCCCAAGCGGCCAGACGAAACGGUCUCCUUCGGUAUCCACUCCAGCAAACCGAAAAGCCAGCUCGGCGCCCCCUCCAAGGCACUCCUUGGAGCAGCUUGAGUCAUUGCGGUUCAAAAUGUGCGAAUUUGUGGAUACCGAAGACAGAUAUAUCACACGUCUGCAGGAAUUAAUAGAUCUGGUUACAACCCAGGGCCGAACACCAAAGUCAUUGAGCUCAAAGUUUUCGAGUUCACGCAAUCAAAACGCCGUCAACGCAAUGAUCCAGUUCCCGUCAUUACUCGAUCAAAUCAAGGAUCUGAACCUUGCAUUCCUCGAUGACAUCGAGACCGCACUUCAGAACUCCGAAGACGCCGCUCUUACCUUCCUUGACGCCGCUCACCAGAACCCUCAGCUGCUCCCAACGGCGAAAGAUCCGAUGGGCAUCUACAGCUUCGCCAAAGUCCUUCUAAAUCACUUUCCAAAGUUUCCUAUGCCAUACCGAGAAUACCUAGACCUGCAUUCUCAAAUCUCUUCACACUUGGACCUGUACCUCAAAGAAGGCACCACAUCCAUUCAACAAGCACCGUCGUUGCUUAUGGAGCCAGCUCAGCGAAUCUCACGAUAUGGCCUUUAUAUUGACGCCAUGCUCCCACACGUACCCACGAAUUUUACUGUGGCAAUUCGAACUCUUGAGAAAGCUCGCAAAAUCAUUGCGGAAAUAUGCGAAAUGGAGCCAGCGGCUUCCACGAUUCUGGACUCCCUCCGGAUCGAACAUGAAGCACGGAAAAAAGGUCUCUCUCCGACGAAACUUCUAUCCGGUCUGACUCGAUCGAACGGAACGAUCAGAGAAGCAUCGGCUUUGACUGGUAGUUUGAGAGAACGCGAUGGUCCCCGUCUAUUCCCCAGCAUAGGAAGAAGUCUAAGUCGGAGACAGAAGACCUCUCGGCCCGGCCUCUCAGGGAUCUUGUCGGAACAAGACCCCGAGCAAGUGAGCAAUGUAGGCAACCCGACAUCCUCGCAAGGCCGCACCGACGAGAACAGACCCCUUACAUCUAGUUCAGCGCUUUCCUUGGGCUCUGGGCCAAAGAGACCACCGACUUCCGAUUCCAGUACCACGAACCGCUCCGCUCCGAGUCCUGGCCUCAACGCACCGAUUCUCUUACCAGCCAAAGUGCGCACCGCUCCCAGUGACAGACCUCCAAGUUCCAACAAUGAGAAGUCGCCAGAAGCAAGUGUCGAACACUACAAAGCCGAAUUGAUGCGUGUCGAGGAGGAGAAUUACAAACUUCUCCAAGAAAACGCCGAGCUGAAAAGAUUGAUCCGCGAAUGUAAAUGUGGUGGUGCUACCAGACGAUGA